UUACACCUUGCACCAAAUUGCAGUAUUUGCACCACUCCUUUUAAAAUACAUUAAAUAUUUAUUGAAAUUGUUAUAUUUAUUCAAGUGCUGUCACUUAAGCUCUGCGAACAGGGAGGUACAGAGUUGCUGGCAGGAUGAUGGCUGUGUGUCUCCUGCAUGGAGGUGUUGCACCAAAUUGCUUUUCUCAAAGAACGUACAACAUGGUGGCAGGAAGACCUAAUCACACGGUAAAAUUAAAUGAAAUCCACAAUACUGAACUCCAUGACAGGCUGGAAAAGGUGUGUGUGUGUUUUAAUGUGCUUAAAGCAGUUGCUAUGGUAAUUUGCAUUUAUAGAAGUUUUUAAUUGUUUUCUUUUUUGGAAUGCAGAUACAGAAUGCUGCUACUGUUGAAGAAGCAAGAUUGGCCAUUUUUGAUGCUUCAGAAAGCUUGUCAAUCCUUGGAGCAUUACGGCACAUUAAAGACCUUGAUGAGCGGGAUGAUUUGGUCCUUGAAGCUGCCCAGGAUUACUUUGAGGGGAGAGUAAAAGUAGGACUGGAACAGUUGGCAGAAGGUUUGGAGACAUUUGGCUUAGCAGAGGCUAUCCGUAAGCACCCCUCCGAAUUUGAAGGUCUGUUUUUAAAAUCUUCAAAAUCCUUAGUGGCCAAGGAUCUAAUAAGUCUGUUUCAGCCCAACUUUUCACCACGUGGAAGCAACCGGCGGCGUGAGGAGAACAGAGUUCUUUGCUUUUGGAGAGACUGGCUAAUGGAAGGUGACCAGUGUAUCCCUGUGACCCUGGAAAAGGUGCUCAUCUUUGCAUCAGGACUUGACAGACUCCCUCCCCUGGGAUUUCAAGUCCCACCGUCUUUGGAAUUCCUGCAUGCAACAGGGUGCCGGAGACCGCUACCAUAAGCAAAUACCUGCUCUGUUUGCAUUAGGUUGCCUAUUCACCCCACCUAUGAGGAUUUUGAGCACUGGAUGAACUCUGCAAUCAUACAAGCACCUACAUUUGGGCUUGCUUAAUGCAUUUUGAGAAUGAAUCAAAUUUUAGAUAACCUUUACUUGGCUUUAGAUAUUCUGUCCCCACUGUCCUUGCAGCCCCAGUGCACAACAAGUCAUAAGAGCUUUGUUCUUUUAAUUGUUUGGAACUUAAAACAGCUGUGAUUUUUUUUCAAAUAUUUCAAUAUUAGAAACAGCCACAGUAUUUACAAGUAAAUCCCACAUAGAAUAGAGAUUUGUAAGAAUUCUGCAAUUAUGCCGUUUGGGAUAGUUGAUAAGUCACUGAAAUAUUAUGAUUUGAAAUGUUGCAUGUUUUUAUUGCCUCAUCGUCAGCAUAACAACCACUCCCUCACAACUCCACACAGGCCCCAGUAGACCCAUCCCCCACCACACCCACUAGACUGUUGCCCCCUUCAAAAUACAAAACAGAAUGUUUUUUCCACGUCUUUUAUUUGUUCAAAACAUGUACAACAGUUGUGAUGUUAAUGUUGUAAUGAAUGUAAUGAAUUAUCAGCUAUCUUCUAUCCUGUUACUAUGAUCACUCUCUUGCCUUAGUGAACAAAUGUCACCAAAGUCAUCAGCUAUGUUACAAAGAAAUGCAAUUUUGAGUAAAUUUGUCUUUUAUUCACGUCUUUUAUUUGUUCAAAACAUGUACAACAGUUGUGAUGUUAAUGUUAAUGAAUUCACAGCUAUACUGAAAUGUUAAUAAAGCAUACUGUUACUUUCAUCACUACUGUCUCUUGCCUUAGUAAACAAAUUUCACCAAACAAAGUCAUCAGUAUUGUUACAAAGAAAUGCAAUUUUGUGUACAUUUUUUGAGUCUGCAUAAUUAAAGAUAAUUUACAACUAUAUAUCUCUGCUGAGCUUUAUAUGCUUUCUAAGUAUGUACAUGUAUUGUUUCAACACAUAAUACUUUUUUUCUCUGUAUAUUUCUCUGUUGCAGUGUGUUGUGCUGGUGUAAAUGUGUCAGAGAAAUCAGUGCUGCUGGAAAACCUUAGUGUCACUGCUGGACUGAGAACUGUCCACCAACAAAAACAAUCUGUCCAACAGCUUCUCACACAGAGCGUCCUGUGACCACUGAUGUACUAAAGGAGCACAAACUGUGCAGCAGCAGAUGAGCUAUCAUCUCUGACUUUAGAUGUACAUGGUGGACCAACAAGUAGGAGUGUCUAAUAGGGUGGACAUGGUGUUUAAAAUUCCGGUAGCACUGCUGUUUCUGAUCCACACACAGCAGCACAACAAAAGCUAAAACACAACCACCACCUCAGUAUAUAUUUCAUCUGUGGAGAUUCUCUGGAAUGUUUCUCAAAAACGCUAAAACCUGCUGCAAAAUAUCAACUCCAAAAUGA